AUGGUACUUUGUUUCGGCAAAUGUGGAAAACCUACUGUAAGAUUACAGUUUAUUGUACUAUUAAACUAAUUGCUAAACGACUUACAGUGUUAUCUUAUUAUUAGGUUGUUCAAAUAAUCCUGUGUCUUUUCUGAACUCAAACUGUUGAGGUCAGAGAGCACAAAUUAUUUAAAAUACCUAACAUCAUGCGUACUACUAUUGCAAUUUUACAUAUCCGUUUUAACCGUAAUUACUAUAAAUUUUAGGCUAACACAGCCUUUGUGGCCAUAACAGACAUAGUCCAGUUCGUAUGUCUGGCUGGUUAUGAAAUUAUCUUCAAACAUGACUCAAGAAUUACCACAGAAAUACUCAAAAGUGUGUUAGUAUGGCUGUAUAUCAUUGGUAUCUUCGUAUCUAUUCUUUUACUUGUGGGUACAGCUACCAACUUCAUCCCGUGCUAUGUUGUACAUAUAGUAUUUACGGUAAGUCAAUCUGGUUUUGGUAAUAAAGUAAAAUAUUACUUUUUUUACCUAAAACUUGCAGUUGAUCUUCACAGUAGUAGUGCCAUUUCAACUGUUCCGAGGUAACAUUUUCGAAACAUCAACGGCUUUUGACAUUUUUACCUGGAUUGGCGGUCUACUAUUGCUUAUCGCAUUCAACAUAUUCGCUAUCGUGGUGGUAGUAAAUGGUAUCAAAUACUUGAGACAACAGAGUAAAAAAGAAGAGAAAGAGAUUAAUUACAGUACGAGCAUUGUCAAGGAUGAAAUUGCAUGA